UCCGGAAUUUUUGUCAAAAAAGGGAGAAAAUAUUUUUAACAAAUAAUAUAUAGCGACCAUUUAAGACUUAAUUGGCGCUAAAUUAUUUUUGUUUUAAAUCUGGCUAAGCAUUUUUAAUUAAUAUAUACAUAUUUCACUGCUCUUCAGUUUAUGGAGAUAGAAUAUUGAACAAAAGGCGCCAAAUGUCAAAUAAUGAGCAAAUCAACAGAAAGUCAAGGGUCACGAACUUUUUUGGAGUCGGUGAAAGCCAGAUUUGAACAACAAUAUUUAGAGAGACAAAAAAGGAUUGAGAAAAAGAAAUGUCAGAGAGAGGUGGAGUUAGUUCACAGCCAGUACCUGAAACAAAAUGUAGUCAAUUCAUCAGAGAUGGCACAUGCCAAAUUUGUUGUGGGAACCUGGUCUCAUAAACAUGGAGAUGCAGAAAAGAAGUGGGUAGUGAAGGACAAAAGGGAGAAACAGAGAAUUGAAGCCAGGUUUUCUCCAUAUGGCAAAUCUCCGAACAGUUCAAGGAGACAAACCUCCAGUCCCAGGGAGCAAGGACAUGGCAAGUUUUCUAGCCCCUCUCAACCAAAAUCAGGACAGAUGACAAGGACCCCCAUGGGAGGGUCCCAGAGAUCAACACCACCAGUGUCAACUGCAGCAAGUACGAGUACUUCUAGUAGUCCCACUGUAAUUUCAUUGGACGAUACUCCAGAUGAAGUAGUGGUGGAUAACAUAGAACCAUCUGAGCACAGCCAACCGUUAGCCUGUCCAGUUCUCUACUGCGAGGUUCUGUUUACCACGAGAGAUAAACUGGAGCAGCACAUGAGAGACUUUGACCAUUGUCCAAUCAAUCCUUGUAUGGUUAAUCUUGAUGGAGUACUGGCUCAGCAUAGAUCCUAUUUGUGUACGAGCUGUAAUGAAUGUUUUAGGGAGAAAAGGGACUGGGAAUGUCACCCACACAGAAGAGGCCCGGAUUCUUCUCUUGAGGAUGCAAGCACCACCCCUGGGCACUUCGUGGUAGUUGGAUAUCUCUGUCCAAGGACACUCAGCAUCUUCUCUUCCUAUGAACAAUGUGAAAACAGUAUCAAAAAGGGAACUGAAGACAUCCUCAAGUUUCCAUUUCAAGAUGAUGAUGGGGUAACACUUCAGUCAGUCAAACCCUGCCCAGUAUCCAAGGCAUUUGUUGAUGAUUUCACUGUCCGCUGCAAGUCCUGUGCUUACACUGUGAGCUGCCUAGACUGUGGGGUGGAGCUGUUGGAUUCUGGGAGUCUCCAGGACCAUAUGCUGCUUUUUGAGCAGACACAUGUUCUUACCUCAAGGUCUAUCGUAUCAAAGGAGGAUGUGUUCACAGAAUAUAUCACAGAGCAUGUCUCAAAUUUCUCCGAGCUUCUGGACAAAUAUAUUAAUCACAGUUCUAAGGAGCAGAAUUUAAAGACAUUUUCUAACUUUGUUACCAUCUUAUGUCAUCUUUUGGAAGAGAAUAUGUAAAUCUUUUUGUAUUCAUGAUUUUUUUAAUUGAUUUUUUGUUGAAUCUGAAUUUGUAAGAGUAAAGUUUUCUUUUCUACUAGG